GGGCUCCCUGCCGCUCCACACACAGCGCUGCACUUUGCCGCCGAAUUAUCUCAACCUGCUCCACGAGUCCUGCUAGCUUGACUGCUUCGGGGAUUUCAUACUGCUUAUUAAAUCUCUUUAUUCUCCUCCGCCACACACUAGAUCCGUCACACAUUCCCACCUUCAAAACACGUGUGACCAACAAGUCUACACUUGAACUGGACAUCUAAAACGUGUCCGUCUUUUUUGUUUUAUUUUCCUUUUGUAACUUGUUUUUUUGAAUGGUACAAUGUCGUCUUUGCCAGGAACGGUACCGCGGAUGAUGCGCCCGAAUCCCGGACAGAACUAUCCCCGCACUGGAUUCCCGCUGGAAGUGUCCACUCCUCUGGGACAGGGACGGGUCAACCAGCUUGGAGGGGUCUUCAUUAACGGCCGGCCGCUGCCCAACCACAUCCGACACAAGAUAGUGGAGAUGGCCCACCAUGGGAUCCGGCCAUGCGUCAUCUCCCGACAGCUGCGGGUCUCUCACGGCUGUGUCUCCAAAAUCCUCUGCCGGUACCAGGAGACCGGGUCCAUCCGGCCCGGAGCGAUAGGAGGCAGCAAGCCCAGGCAGGUAGCCACACCGGACGUGGAGAAACGGAUAGAGGAGUACAAGCGGGACAACCCCGGCAUGUUCAGCUGGGAGAUCCGGGAUAAGCUGCUGAAGGACGGGGUGUGUGACAGAAGCACAGUCCCUUCAGGUGAGGCCUCCUCUGUGAGUUCGAUCAGCCGUGUACUUCGAGCUCGAUUUGGAAAAAAAGACGAUGAGGACGAGUGUGAUAAAAAGGAUGAAGACGGAGAGAAGAAAACCAAACACAGCAUCGACGGCAUCCUCGGCGACAAAGGCAGUCGGAUGGAUGAAGUGUCAGACGUGGAGUCGGAGCCUGACCUCCCCCUAAAGAGGAAACAGCGCAGGAGUCGGACCACGUUCACAGCGGAGCAGCUGGAGGAGCUGGAGAAGGCUUUCGAAAGAACUCACUAUCCCGACAUCUACACCAGGGAGGAGCUGGCCCAGAGGACCAAACUUACUGAGGCCAGGGUUCAGGUUUGGUUCAGCAAUCGAAGGGCCAGGUGGCGAAAACAAGCAGGAGCCAAUCAGCUAGCGGCUUUCAACCACCUUUUGCCGGGUGGAUUCCCUCCCACAGGGAUGCCAACACUUCCUACGUACCAGCUGCCAGAGUCCAGCUACCCAUCCAACACUCUGUCCCAUGAUGGCAGUGGUACAGUUCACCGUCCCCAACCGUUGCCUCCAUCCACCAUGCACCAGAGCGGUCUGUCCAGCACUGACAGCAGCUCUGCCUUUGGUCUUGCCUCAAACCGCCACGGCUUCUCCAGCUACUCUGACUCCUUUAUGAGCUCUGCAGCACCUAGCAACCACGUCAACCCUGUCAGUAACGGACUCUCCCCACAGGUCAUGAGCAUCCUCGGCAACCCCAGCGGUGUAUCCUCACAGCCACAACACGACUUCUCCAUCUCACCACUCCACAGUGCCUUGGACUCCUCUCCAUCCAACACCAUCUCAGCCAGCUGCAGCCAGCGUUCAGCUGAGGCCUCCAUUAAGACUGUGGACAGCCUUUCAUCAUCCCAGUCCUACUGCCCCCCCACAUACAGCACCACUAGCUACAGCAUGGACCCAGCUGUGGCUGCUGCCGGCUACCAGUACAGUCAGUAUGGCCAGACUGCUGUUGAUUACCUGGCAAAGAACGUCAGCCUGUCCAGUCAGCGCAGGAUGAAGCUGGCCGACCACUCAGCUGUACUGGGACUGCUGCAGGUCGAGACUGGCCAGGCCUACUAGUACUCAUCAGACAUGCAUGCAACAUGACACCUGGUCACCAGCACAACCCGCACCUCCUGUUACCAUCCAUACAAAUCUCCCAGAGACCGUGUGUGUGUGUGCAUUGGGCUGAUAAUAAGCUUUUUUAUACUAUAUUUCAUGUAAGUGUUUCUCCAGUGGUUAAGGAUUGAAUGAUACAGCUGUCCAAGCUUUAAACAUUCCCCAUGGGACCAACCAAAUCCACGACAAGGAUUUCCACUGUUACAAAAAUUAUUUUUUAUUUGUUGUUUUUAUUGCACUACAUUUUGUACACAGCAUUGGUGGAUUCUAACUCAACUGGAUAACUAUAAACUAGUGAUAUAAACAAUUACUUUGUGAACCCUGAGCAAAGUAUUUUGGACUGGGUGUAAUCUAUUACUUGCUAUUUAAAAUAUAUUUGACUAAAACAGCUUUUAUGUGAGUCAGCAAAACACUAAAUUAUGUAUUAUGUCAUCCUAUAAUGAUGUUUUUUUUGUCUCAAUUCAUGGCACCCAGUGUGAAUUCCUGUCAGUUUGCACCUAUUGUGUCGUUGAAUUGACAUUAAAUACAAUUGUUCACAUCCAAAACUUAUUUCGAAAUUCAGUCUGAACACACCUUAACGGAACACAGUCCGGUUUCACCUUCAUUAUCACUAACAUUCACAUCAAGCGUGUACUCCACACUGCAUCACAGAUGAGUAGUGAAAAUUUAAACAAAAACAAGAUUGUGAGCUGCUGUCUUGAAAAACUGCAACCCAAAUAGGCUGUUUGGUACGGCCGGGUAUCGUUUACAAAAUUAUAAUGACAGUACCAAUACCCUUAAAGUAGUACCAAUAACAGUACAUUACUUCAUUUGAUACCCAUCAUGUUAAUGGCCGCCAUCAUCAGAUCUACUGUGGUGGGACUGCAAGUUUAAAUUGUUAGCUCUCUCAACACUGUUGCAGUUGUUAGUUCUGUUCACUCUGUUAGCACCGUUAUCUGCUAGCCACUGGAUCAGACAUCUCCCAGUUUAAGAACUUGGAUGUACAGUAUAAAGAGAACUGGAUACAGCUUUGGGGGCGGCAUCCCUUUCAUUCCCUUAAAAGUUGCUCAGUGGCGCAUGAAGCAAAAAUAGUUAAACUUCAAUGUCAAGAAUUCCGAUAGAAAUCUUCCGCAUUAUGUGGCCCAAAGAUCAUGCGCACUAGCGUUUUCUUUAACUGGGCCUUCCAGCCCUUGGUCCAGCCUUGUUUUCGGGCUCAUUCACAUGAAUAGAGGAAGGAAAAUAACUCUAAAAUGCCAGGGCAACCCUAAAGACUUCAUAUUUGUUACGUGAAACUGGUCAUCUUUAUAGAUAUUGAAUAUCAGCACAAAAUAUUGGCAGCUUAAAAAGAAAAAAUAUGUCAGCUUUCAGGCAACCAAUGUGUGGAAGGAUGUGAUGGAGAUAACACCUCUGUAGCAGACUGAUAUGGACUAAUUCAGCCAUUCCUGAAGAGAUUCAGUCCCUCUUAUCAACAACAAGACCUCCUGAAGAGCUUUGGCAAUAGUUGGAGGUCAAACAAGCUCCUGACAUUUCUCCCGGCAGCUUGGUACAAAUAUUUACUGUUUUGUUCUUCAUUUCAUUUUGUUUGAUGUCUGUUGCAUUUACCUAAGGACACAACGACUGGGUUGUACUAUAACUCGCCAACUGUCCUUAAUGACUCUUUAUGUAAGAAAUUCAUUUUGAGUUUUCCAACAAGAAAAGUGCACUCAUUGGUGUGCAGAUCUCCACCAGAUAUGUCUGCCAUGACCACUGCUGUAAUAAUGGAUUGAAUACAAACCAAAUGCCCCCCCUCUAGACCGCAAGCGUAUCAGAAGCGUUUUUCACUCACACAUCUCACGCAGCAGAUACACUCUCAUUUUAAUCUAUGCAGCUGUCUGCACCAGUUCCGUGCAGCUAAACUGCAGUUCACGGUGUAAUAUUUUCUGUUGACUGUUUUUAGCUUCCUCUGAACAGAAACUGUCAGUUCUGCUGUGUGUUUAGUUCCGUUAGCUGUUAGCUCUGUAAGCUGUAUUGGUCCUGUUGUUAGCUUUUUCUCAUUGGCCAACUCAGCAACCGGCAGAUGCUGCUAUGUAAGUUUCUCCCUUUCACCAAACUAAGACUAGCUUAAUUGCAUUGUCAACUCAUCUGAAAACAAAAUAAAAGCGUUUUGAUAAGUCUUUCCACUGUACCAACAAUUACCAACUGCUUUGGUCAAAAUAAACCCUUAAUUCACAGUUCGAUGUGAAAUUAUGCUAGCUCUACACACUGUUUAUUCUCACCGUCUCUCCCACUCCCCGCUAAGCAGCUCUCGUUCUUUGGAGGCAUACCAUUUAAUUAGCUAAAUAAAUUGUCAAAGUUUGCAAUACUGCCCAGCGGCUGCUAACAGCUAACUAGUGCUUCUCCCACCAUAUACAUGCACGUUCAGUUCAGUUUGUCAUUUGCUAAGCGAUAGAUACAUAUAUACAUACAUACACAUUUGUCUUACCUAAUCGUGUAAAUCAUGGGUCCAGCAGUAUGCGAGAAUAGCCAUGGACAGACAGACACAGGCAGAGAUCCACACAAGAAUAUACAACCGAAUACAUGAUCUCCUGGCGGGAUAAUAAUAAUUACAAUUGGACUAGUAUAUUUUAAUUUCAUAAGUACCUUUUAUUCUUGCUGAAUGUGGUCCUUGAGGAAAUGUGAUGGUGUGCAGAUUAUACAUACAAACAAGGUUAUUGACAGCCAUUGUACAGCAGGGUUGUGCAAUGAAAUGUUUCUCUUAUCAAACCUAAUGUUCAUAUUGAGCCUACCUGAAAAUUGUUUACCAUUCAUGUUUUCAUGUCAUCUGCUCAUGACAACUAAAGUAUGGUUUACAAUGGAUACAGAUUGCACCUAGAUAGUGCCUGUCUCUGAAAUCCAGAGGUUUUCUAAGGGAACUAGGGGGGAAACAGGAAUUUAAUAAAAUCAGUAAAAUGUAUCAGUAAAUGAAGAUACCAUAUUGAGUGUCAGUAAAUAAAGAUAUAGUUCUCAAAUAAUAGACUUAACCUCGACUACAGAGUGAACCAGGCUUACAUUGGAGACACAUUUUUUUUUGUUAUUCCCCUAUGAGUAUAUUUCAUCAUAUUUUAGUAAAAGAAGCCCCCGUUUUCUGAUCUGCUCUUGUCUUAAUUUGCAAUUGAAGCAAACUCAACACUUUAUCCACUUGUCUUGAUAAACUCUCUCUUUCAUUGUUCUUUUGAUCACUGAUAAGCAUGAGUGUAGAGUUCUAACUGACACAAGCUCCGCCUUCUACUGGAGUCUAUGGGUAAUACGAGCAACCACGAGCACGCGUUCGGCCACUGAAAACUAGCAUAACCGUCCAAUCAGGACAUGCCAAUCCGAAUACUUACCACAAUAUAUAAGGCAGCACACUCAACAUCUAGGGGGCGGGUGUGGCCUAGAGGGUCUUCCGGCUCCUCCAGCCUGAAUAUUGAAGUGUCCUUGGGCAAGGUUGGCUGCAGUCGGUCAGGAUCAGUGUGGUUGGGUCGAUGGUAUGUCACUGCAUGCAUUGGGUUCCACCCACUGUACCCAUAGAUUCCAUUCGAGGGCGGAUCCAGUGUGAGUUAGAACAAAGGUUACAAGGUUGUUACCCUAGAUCUAAAAGCACAGGCGGAGCCCUAUGCCAAGGGGGCCCAGCUGCUCCUACGCAGCACGCUGAAGAAGGUGUAAGAUGUCA